AUGGAUUCUAUCAAGAAAAAGGUUAUGGAGUUCAAAGAUGAUCAUAAUAUGCAGCCCGCGUAUUCGAUGCUUGCUAGUCCAUCAACGCCUCUUAUUACCACCGACAAGAAUACUAUGGUCGGAUUUGACGAGCAGUUGCUUCAACUUUUGGACAAGCUCACGGGGCAACAAUCUAACCGGCAAAUCAUUCCCAUCGUAGGCAUGGGCGGCAUUGGUAAGACUACACUUGCCCAAAAUGCUUAUGAACAUUCACUUAUUGUCCACCAUUUUGAUAUUCGUACUUGGGUCACAGUAUCUCAAAAGUAUAAUGUCAAACAACUUCUCUUACAACUUCUUUCUGAAAACAAUAGUCAAAUGGAUGAGCAGUUAUUAGGACAAAAGUUACACAAAAUGCUAUGGGGUCGGAGAUAUUUGAUUGUAACUGAUGAUAUUUGGAGUAUUGAAGCUUGGGAGGAGGUAUGUCGUUUCUUUCCAGACAACAAUAAUGGAAGCCGAAUUGUUGUGACUACGAGGAUAUCGAAUGUGGCUACUCACUUCGACUCUUUGUUGUUUGAGUUGAGUUUUCUAGACGAGGAUCAAAGUUGGGACCUAUUUUGCAAAAAAACAUUUGGUGAGGUAGGUUGCCCCCUUGAACUAGAAGAUAUUGGAAAGGAGAUUGUUCAAAAAUGCAAAGGGCUUCCCCUUUCAAUUUCUGUGAUUGGUGGGCUUCUUGGAAGGUCCCAUAAGACACAAGAAUAUUGGAAAAUUAUUUCAAAAGAUUUAAUCUCCAAUUUGAACCUCGAAAAGGACGAGAAUUGCUCAAGUAUAUUAUCUUUGAGUUACACCUACUUGCCCCCUCAUCUAAAACCAUGUUUUCUCUAUGUUGGAAUUUUUCCAGAAGACCAUGAGAUUCUUGUCUCUCAAUUGAUCAAACUUUGGGUGGCUGAAGGAUUUAUAAAGCCGAAUAAAGCCCAAAGCUUGGAAGAUAUUGCACGAGGUUACUUAAAUGAUCUCGUUGAUAGGAAUCUCAUUUUAAAACAUAAGUUGGGAUCGAAUGGAAGAAUUAAAUUUUGCAAGAUCCAUGACCUUUUGAGAGACUUGAGUCUAAAGGCAGCUCAGAAAGACGAGUUUAUGUGUAUGAUGGAAGAUAUUCCACAAGGUAUAGAAAGGGAGCGUCGUAUUGUAUGUAAUAGAAAGGAAGCCCUUCAUACUUUGCAGUUGGCAUCACUUACCCGUACUUUGGUAACAAGCAUACAUGGUCGGUUGUCCAAUAAUAGAUUGCUGAGAGUAAUGUUGUUCAACAAUAUAGGCAAGAGGAAUUUUUUGCGCUGGCAUAGUGUUGAUCAAGUUAACACGCGGUAUCUUGCUUAUAAUGAACUCACUUAUUUUAGAUCUUUUUUUCUUGUCAAGCUUCCUUCGUCAAUAGACGUCCUCUGGAAUUUGCAAACAAUAAUUAUCAAACGGGAAAUUAAAGCACCAUCUGAAAUAUGGGAGAUGCGACAACUUAGGCAUGUGGAUAUAUGGGGGCUAAACCCUCCAGAUCCUCCUCAGAAUGGUGACCAAAAUCAUGAUGAAAUUGUUUUGCAAAAUCUACAGACACUUAAGUCGGUAAGAAACUUCGUGUGGAGCGAGGAGGCUUGUAAGAGAGUCGUCAAUUUGAGAAAAUUGAACAUAGUGUAUGGCAGACACUCGAAAAGGUCAAAUGACUAUUCACUCCACAAUAUUUGCAAGUACUUGCAUAAACUUGAAUCACUUAAGUGCUCGUCAUAUGGUCUGGAUAAUGUUUUGCAGAAGCUCACAUUCCCAAGUUCGCUCAAGAAGUUGUAUUUAGUACGUAGCAAGGCUGAUUGGAAAGACUUAACAGUCAUUGACAGCUCCCAUUUUCCGGUUUUGGAGAAACUUUUUCUUAAACGAAUGGAUAUAUUGGAUGAGAUCCCGUUAGAUAUCGGAGAAAUACCAACACUUGGACUUAUCCAUGUGUGUUGGUGCAGUGAGUCUGCGGCCAUUUCGGCUAUGAAAAUAGCGGAGGAACAAGAGAACGCUUGCAAUGAGGGACUUCAAGUUCGAGUUGUGAUCGAUGAAAAGGAAAAAUUGGAGAGUUUUCGGGAAAAGAUGAAACAAUCAGAAGAUGAUGACAUCAGCUUCACUAGAAAUAAUUUUCAUGUCGGGAGAUUCUAG